AUGGUCGGACCACCGGGUUUGCGAGGCAUUCAAGGAUUAACUGGGCCGCUAGGAGCUGCACGAGAAGAGGGGGAAGCGGGCAAAGACGGACGAGAUGGAUCAGACGGAAUCAACGGCAAAGAUGGGACAGUACUUGGUCCUGCAGGACCUAAAAUUGGAUCUAGCGGGAAAGAUGCCAAGGACGGUAAAAACGGCCAAGCGGGCAAAGGAGGCCGAAGCCCUCCAGGUCUAAUUAGUGUUGACGGAAAGGACGGAACAGAUGGCGUCGAUGACAAAGAUGAAAGCGAUGGGCAGCAAGGAUUGGUUGGUCCCCGAGGGCAAAACGAAAAAGAUGGGGCUUCCGAACAAUAUGGGCAGCCUGGCCAUACGGAACAGAUGGCAAAGAUGGGCAAAGUGGUACUCCUGGCUCGGUUGCUCCUGCAGGAACGCCCGGAAGUGACGGCACUGGGGGUCAAGCAGGAACAGGAGGUCCUUCUGGCAUUCCUGGACUGGUUGGAAUUGCAGGUGUUCAUGGCACAGCAGGAGCGCCCGGAAUCACAGGAGAGUAGGGUGAACCAGGCCCUGUGGCUGGUGUGGUGGGCGCAGCCGGUGCGGUAG